GUGCCCUAAAGCAAGCGGGUCUGUAACUUCCUGAAGCAUUAUCCUCGGUACUGCAGGGGAACACAAAUGCCUCCCUGCUUCGGAAACCUCUUUGCUACCCUGUGGCAGUGAGUUCCGCAGGUCAACUCUGCUCUCUGCCUUUGCUCGACUCCACACUGUGUGGCAGGGCUACAAAGGGGGCUGGUUUGUUGGUUUCUUGGCAGAAAGAGUCGGCGGAAAUCUCAGGGCAGAGCCUGAUGUGCAGUUUCCUGCAGCUGCUGGAUAAAAACGGGAAAGGGGGGCCACGCGGCUGGUUCGUGAUCCCCCAGGACGAUUCCCUGGUGCUGUACAUGUACGCUGCACCCCAGGACGUCAAGGCUCACACCUCUAUCCCCCUGCUGGGCUACCGGGUGCAGGAGCCGCCCCACAGUGACCCCCGUCACCUCUUCCAGCUGGUCCAGUCCAAGCAGAUCUACACCUUUGUGGCCGAGACGGAGGAGCUGAAGCGGCGCUGGAUGGAGGCCAUGCGGCAGGCUGCCCGGGGCUCUGCUCUCCUCCCCCGCCAGGAGGAGGAGGAGGAGGAGGACUCCUUCGAUGACCUGGAGUGACCGGGGCUGGGCCUGUGGGCGAGCCCAGGCAGUGUGAUCUAGUGGUUACAGCAAGGCGCUGGGGACCCCAGAGACCUGGCGUCCUGUCCCCAGGCUGCCACUCGCUUGCGGCC